AUGGUCUGUAUUGUGAAUGAGUCACCGUAUAGUCGUAGUGCAGACAGACAUAAGGUCCAGGUCCUGUUCCCAGAGAAGCCCCAGAGAAGCCCCAGAGAAGCCCCAGAGAAGCCCAAGAGAAGCCCCAGAGAAGCCCAAGAGAAGCCCCAGAGAAGCCCCAGAGAAGCCCCAGCGAAGCCCCAGAGAAGCCCCAGAGAAGCCCCAGAGAAGCCCCAGAGAAGCCCCAGCGAAGCCCCAGAGAAGCCCCAGAGAAGCCCCAGAGAAGCCCCAGCAAAGCCCCAGAGAAGCCCCAGAGAAGCCCCAGAGAAGCCCCAGCGAAGCCCCAGAGAAGCCCCAGAGAAGCCCCAGAGAAGCCCCAGCGAAGCCCCAGAGAAGCCCCAGAGAAGCGGCAGAUACAGAGGGACCAAAUGUUGA